UCAGACCCUCAAUUGGCCAUGCGGUCUCUAUGCAACGAUCCAUGCAGCUCGCUCGCUUUCUCUCUGUCUCUCUUCUUGCCGCACCCUCCGGCCAAAGAGUCUCCAUUUUUACGCCUUCAAGCUCUCAAAGCACCGCGCGUUUUCGUCCAUCUCGUCGUCGAAAGCCUAGCCUCGUUGGAUCAAAGCCAUAAGGUUUCUCAUCUCUUUGAACCUGUUUUCCUGAAAUCUAGGGUUUCGUUUCGGACUCGGCUGUUCGGAUCGAUGGGUUUCUGGGUGUUUUUCUUCUUCGAUUUCUAGGGGUUUUGGGUAAUGCCUGUAAGCCGGCCCUGAGGAAGAGGGGAAGCCAUGGAUAAUUCGAUGACUGGCAGCGGCUUUCUCGCUGGAUCAUCCGCCGACCCUUCCGUACACCACCACCCCCAGCCGCACGACCCCCUCCCCUACCUUCAACCAAUGCUCGCCGCCGGCCUCUUCGACCCCGCCACCGCUUCUCUGAACCCCCCGUCUCGCGGGAAGGGCAUCUCCCCCUCCUCCACCGCCGCCGCCACCAGCGACGAUGACGACCAACUCCCAGCCGCCGCCGCUGCCGAGGAGAACGGCCACGGGCAACAGACCGGCACGGGAUCGGGCAAAAAGGGCUCACCUUGGCAUCGUAUGAAGUGGACCGACGAGGUGGUCCGGCUGUUGAUCCGGAUCGUCGCCUUCGUCGGGGAUGACUGCGCUCAUGAGGCCGUGGACGGGACGGCAGGUGCUGUGAAGAGGAAGCACGGGGCCGCAUUCCAGAAGAAAGGAAAAUGGAAGAUGGUAUCCUUACUGAUGCAAGAAAAUGGCGCCUUUGUUUCGCCGCAGCAGUGCGAGGACAAGUUCAAUGACCUGAACAAAAGAUACAAGAGGUUGAACGAUAUCCUUGGUCCCGGGACCUCCUGCAUUGUCGUCAAUGAUCCUGCAAGCUUGGAGUCGAUGCCCAUCUCCCAAAAAGCAAAGAGCGACGUGAGAAAGAUCCUGAGCUCGAAACAUCUUUUUUACAAGGAGAUGUGCGCGUACCACAGCGGCCAGAAAAUACCUGAUUGUCCUGAUAUCAAUUUGCAGAGCUGUUCGCUACCACACAUCACAUUGUCGAAAGAUGGCAAUCAGUGUGUUGAUGGGGAGGGGGAGGAGGACGAGGAUGAGGCAGAUCAUGAUGAAGGGGAUGAAGAAGAGGGGAGCGAAGAGGUUGGGAGAGGGGGAUUUGAGAGUUUCCUUGCUGAAAUGGAUGCAGUCCUUCAGGACCCGACGAGAUCACCAUUAGAACGGCGGGAGUGGUUGAGGAUGCGGGCGUUGCAACUCGAGGAGGAGAGAUUGGACAUUGAGACUGAAGCUCUGGCAAUAGAGAGGCAGAGGUUCAAGUGGCAGAGGUUCAGCAGCAAGAAGGAUAGGGAGAUCGAGAGAUCAAGGCUGGAGAAUGAAAGACUGAUGCUUGAGAACGAGCGAAUGAGGAUGCAGGCAAGGCAGAAGGAGUUGGAGCUGCAUUUCAAGAGGUCUGGAGACUCGUUAGAGUCUGCUGGUUUUGGGACAGAGGAAGAGCAAGGACGGGAGCAGAUGGAGUUUGGAAGGGUCCAUUAAGAUUUUGUCCUUGAGACUAACCAUUGGCAUUUCUAAAGCAUUGAUCGUCACCUUUGUUGUUGAGGUUUCUUCUGUACAGCUGGGAAGGUAUUAUUGGUAGGCUAUACUUCAUGUGGCUUUCUCUGAAUUCACCAUGUGGACUUCUUCAAUUACUGUAGAUGUAAGUUAUAACUUGAGAUGAUCAUAUCUUAUGAUGUGUUAAACAAGGAUUGCUUGCGUUCGGUAUGUCUGGAUAAGGCUAUGUAUGGUGUCGCGUGGACAUGGACGUUGAGAUCAGAUUUGGACAUGUGUCAAACUUGGCAAGAGAAAAACAAUCAGAAUACAAGGACAUGCAAAAAAAAAAAAAAAA